AUGGGUGAACGCCUAUCUGAAGACCCCUAUAAUACCUGCGGUGUGGGUCAGACGAGACGAAACGAGACAAGAUCUUGCUCAUUUCUUGUUCCGGGGAUGACAUUCACUCCUGGAAGUGCGGGGGAUAAUCGAUUAGGCAUAAAUACUGAUAUUCAAAAACAAAUUCAUGGUACAAAUCGCGGCGCCUUUAAUCUCCAGCUAAGUCGUUCCGGUUUAUAUGAUAAGGCCAUGAUGCGAACGUGUAGGAAAAAUUCGAAAACGGACAAGCGCCGUACAUGUAGGGACAAAGGACGAAGGAGAAAGGCAGAAAGAAGGGGAAAAAAAAAGAGUCAAAUAUUCAAUACCGUGUAUCUUCAUGCAAACCUCCUCUUGCAUUAUCAUCUUCGAAACAACCACGAGUCCACCAAAGGUAGCAAUAGAAAAAACUCUUUCCUGGAAACUGGAGGGAAAGCCGAAGAUUUGACCGAAUACAAGCCAAGACAUCAGCCAAGUUCGUUGACUUGUAGUACCGUGAUCACCGUAUUUGAAGCCCGUCAACAGUUGGAUAACGACGUAUGGAGCAGCGAUUAA